CAGAGCUAACGCAAGUCAGCCUUUGUCAACGCAAACAAUAAUGCUAACCUUUAUUUAGUCGCCGCAGCAUCCUCGCCCUGAAGAAAAUCAGAUCAAGGAACAAACCUAUUUAUCUAUUUAAAGAUCAACGAAUUCAAACGAAAAGUGACCUUACCGGACACCGACAUUCCGGUUUUGCAUGUCCAGUAUUAUGGUGGAGCAGCCACGUUUAUCGUCAUGUCAGGGUUGAAGUACCGAAUUUCACUGCCUGUGGCUGCUGGUGUCCUAUUGGUCGGCCUUCCCUACUCCAUCUCACUGGCCGCCCAGUGGCUUUACGGAUGGCCCAACAAGCCUGGAUUUAAAAAAUACAUCGAAGCCAUUAAGCCACGGCGGAUAUACUGUCUGACCAGAGCGGUGCUUGAGACACUGAAGUAUCUGCAGUAUGGGAGACUCUACUUUCAGUGGAAGUCGUGGUACAAGAACGAAGGGAAUCGGAAACAUUAUGAGAAGGGCAUCACAUUUGGACGCCGGGGCAACAAGCUGGACCUGUACCACCCCCCCUCAUCAGACAGGAAUGCGCCAGCACCACUGGUGGUGUUCGUAUAUGGAGGCGGGUGGGGUUCUGGAGACCGAUCCAUUUACUGUCUGUUGGCCAGACAAAUGGCCAAAGAGCUGAACGCAGCUGUCAUCUGUCCCGACUACUGCACUUACCCAAAGUGUAACGUUCUAGCGAUGGUUCAAGACGUGGCUGACAGCCUGGUGUGGGCCCAAGAGAACGGGCCCAAAUACAACUUUGAUAAUAACAAUAUGGUUAUCAUUGGACACUCAGCUGGAGCACAUCUAUCAGCGCUGACCAUUCUGUUUCUCAUUGAUGCACGAGAGGAACUGUUUGUUGAAGCAAACAAACAACGAGAUGUUUUGCUGGCAGUACGAGGGAUCAUUGGUCUGAGCGGCGUCUACAACAUCAUGGACCACUACAAGCACGAGCAGAGGCGAGCAGUGGAGUACGUCUCCACCAUGCACAAGGCCAUGAACGGCGUGGAGAAUUUCCCCUACUACUCCCCGACACACUGGCUGAGCAAGUUCAGCGCUGACAAACUGAGCAGGGUUCCUCCAUUUGCUUUGCUGCACGGAACCAACGACAUCAUCGUCCCAUCUGAGGCCUCUGUGAAGUUCUCAGAGAUGCUGCAGUCGCUCUCCAUCAAGGCGUCUCUCUACCUGCUGCCGGGACUGGACCACACUGAGAUGGUGACGGACCUGAUGGCACCAGACAGACACUUCUUCUCCCCCAUCUACAGCUGCAUCAAGCAGGAGUACAAGAAGCUCAAGGAGUCCUGCUGACAUCCUCUCGCAUGCAGUUAACAACAGUUUUUAAUGUUUCAUUGAAUCUGAAUCAGUUGCCUUGUUUCUGAUUUAGAGUUACAUCAUCGCCUUUGUUGACAUUUGAAUGCAUUUCUCCAUGUCUCUGGAUUAUUUAUGAGUCAUUCAGACAUUAAAACUC